CGGAGCGGCCGUGGCCCGUCCGCGCACUGGCAGCUAGUGAUCGCCCGCCGAGUGAAGAGCCCGCCCGUGACCACUACGCAACAUGGCCCAGAGGAAGUUCACCAGGAAGGAGAUCGCCGAGCGAAACAACAAAAACGAUGCCGUGUUCAUCAUCGACAAUAACGUGUUCGAUGUCACUAAGUUCUUAGACGAGCAUCCCGGCGGCCACGAGGUACUGCUCGGCGUAGCCGGCAAGGAUGCCACCGAGGACUUCAACGACGUCGGCCACAGCCUCGACGCUAAAGAGCUGAUGGUCAAGUACAAAAUCGGUACACUAGUAGACGAAGACAGGGUGGAGGUGAAGAAGCAAUCGGUGACUUGGACGGUGAAGGACGAGGGCGAAAAGGAGAGCAGUUUCGUGAGCUCGUGGAAGUUCCCGGUGUUGCUGGGCAUCCUGGUGACCGUCCUUUACACGUACCUGUUCAGUUAGAGAGGCCACGAGGGUGCAGCACCGAGUAACGGUCAUUUAGUGCGGACCUUGUUCUCGACGAAUUGCGCAAUAAAACUGUUACGACGGCCUAGACCUUCGACCUGUGUUAAAUAUUUUAUUAACAAUUCGAACUGUCCGUGUGUCCGGCGCGUGUGAGACGUAUAAUCCUGUUAGUGUGUGUUUCUACUGUUCUCACUAGCUAGAAUAUAAAACGGGUGUACAUUGACGUUAUUGAAUUGUGAGGUUUAUAUGCGAAUAAAAAUCUUAUAUCUGUGUGAUAGUAAUUAAUAAAUUAUUUUUGUUACGUA